AGGCAGCUCUUAAAAAUCAGGUGAUUUCUGAAUGAAAUUUAGAAAUGUCAAGUAAGAAUGAUUAACUGGGUCUCUUGCUGCAGCAACGCGAGUGGGAGUACCUGGAGUGCGAGCUCGGAACGAGAAUCCAUGAGUUGUAAGAAAAUGGCAAACAAGCCGGACGUGGGGGAAAUCGCCAGCUUCAAUAAGGCCAAGCUGAAGAAAACCGAAACGCAGGAGAACACCCUGCCGACCAAAGAGACCAUUGAACAGGAAAAGAGGAGUGAAAUCUCCUAAAAGCCUAGGAAGAUUUCCCCAGCCCACCCCUUCAUCUCCAAGACACCCUCGUGAUGUGGAGGAAGAGCCACCGACAAGAUGGACCAGAGCCGCAAGCUGCACUGUGAACCCGGGCACUCCGCGCGGAUGCC